AUGCCGCGGGUGAUGACGGUGCAGGGGACGCUGGCGGAGCUGCAGGAGGAGGAGCGGACGAGCAGCAUGCCGUCGGAUGUGCAAUCGUCACAGGUGCUGGAGCGCAUCAUCAUCGUGGCGAACCAGCUGUCGGUGCGCGCCUGCCGCCGGGCGGAGGGACGGGGGUGGAGCUUCGCGUGGGACGAGGAUUCAUUGCUACUCCAGUUGAAAGAUGCCCUCCCAUCGGACAUGGAGGUGCUCUACAUCGGCUCCCUCAGCUUUGACGUCGAGGCCCACGAACAGGACGACGUCGCGCAGACGCUGCUCGAGCGGUUCAAGUGUGUGCUGACCUUCCUCCCCCCGGAUCUCCAUGACUACUUCUACCAUCGCUUCUGGCAGCUGUUUCACUACAUGCUUCCCUUCUCCUCCUCCGGCGGCGGUGGCUACGACCGCAGCUUGUGGGAGGCAUACGUCCUCACUAACAAGCUCUUCUCCGAGAGGGUCAUUGAGGUGAUCAACCCGGAGGAAGACUACGUGUGGAUCCACAACUACCACCUUAUGGCCCUCCUCACCUUCCUACGCCGCCACUUCAACCGCCUUCGAUUGGGAUUCUUCCUCCACGUACCUUUCCCCUCCUCAGAGAUCUACCGCACUCUUCCAUUCCGUGAAGAGAUUCUGAAAGCCCUCCUCAACUGCGACAUUAUCGACUUCCACACCUUCGAUUAUGCCCAUCAUUUCCUCUCCUGCUGUAGCCGCAUACUUGGCAUCGAGUACCAAUCCAAGCGUGGCUACAUCGGCCUCGACUACUUUGGCCGCACCAUCGGGAUCAAAAUACUGCCUGUUGGCAUUCACAUGGGCCAGCUCCAGUCCGUGCUCCACCUCCCCGACAAGUAGUGACGGGUCGAUGAUCUCCGCCAGCAGUUUGACGGAAAGACCGUGCUCCUUGGCGUCGAUGACAUGGACAUUUUCAAAGGAAUCAACCUCAAGCUGCUGGCUUUUGAACACAUGCUUAAGAUUCACCACAAGUGGCAGGGGAGAGCUGUUCUUGUUCAGAUUGCCAAUCCGGCCAGGGCGCAAGGAAAGGAUCUGAAGGAAAUACAAGAUGAGAUCCAGGAGAGCUGCCAAAGGAUCAAUAGGACCUUCGGGCACGAAGGGUACAGCCCAGUGGUUCUAAUUGAGCGCUCCAUGUCUGCUGUCGAGAAGGUCGCUUACUAUAGUAUUGCAGAAUGUGUGGUUGUCACUGCGGUUAGGGAUGGGAUGAACCUAACUCCCUAUGAAUACAUUGUCUACAGACAGGGGAUCUUCGAUUCCGCAGAUUCAGUGGCUAAAAGCCCAGCAAAGAGCAUGCUGGUCGUCUCAGAGUUCAUUGGCUGCUCUCCGUCCCUUAGCGGUGCGAUUCGGAUCAAUUCGUGGAAUAUACAGACUACAGGAGAAGCUUUGAAUGAGGCAAUCUCUCUUUCUGAUGCAGAAAAAGAACUCCGGCAUGAGAAACACUACCGAUAUGUCUCCACUCACAAUGUUGCUUAUUGGUCAAAGAGCUUCAUGCAGGGCUUGGAGAGAACAUGCAAGGAUCAUUUCAGUAGGACUUGCUGGGGAAGUGGUCUCGGGUUUGGAUUUAGAGUAGUUGCAGUCGAUCCCAAUUUCAGAAAGCUUCAUGCUGAUGGGAUUGCCUCCGCUUAUACAAAGGCUAAGAGUAGGGCUAUCCUGUUGGAUUACGAUGGAACAUUGGUGCCACAAACAUCCAUUAACAAAAAGCCUAGCCGAGAAGUUAUUCGAAUAGUCAGUACCCUUUGUGAAGAUAAGCAGAAUGUAGUUUUUAUCGUCAGUGGAAGAGGCCGACAAAGUCUAGAUGAAUGGUUUCUGCCAUGCGAGAAGCUCGGUAUUUCAGCGGAGCAUGGAUACUUCAUCAGGUGGACCCAAGAUCAAGAAUGGGAAACCUACAGCCAUACCACUGACUUUACAUGGAUGCAGAUCGCUGACCCAGUGAUGAAUCUAUAUACAGAGUCUACCGAUGGAUCUUGUAUUGAAACCAAAGAUAGUGCUUUAGUUUGGCACCAUAGAGAUGCAGACCCAGACUUUGGUUCUGCUCAGGCAAAGGAGAUGCUUGACCAUCUAGAAAGUGUGCUUGCAAAUGAACCAGUCUCAGUGAAGAGCGGCAAAUUUAUCGUGGAAGUGAAGCCUCAGGGCAUUAGCAAAGGUCUAGUGGCCGAAAAGAUUCUAUCGUCACUGGCUGAGAAGGGAAGACCAGCUGAUUUCGUGCUGUGUAUUGGCGAUGACAGGUCGGACGAGGACAUGUUUGAAAACAUUGCAGGACCUGUAGCAGAGAAAUUGAUAGCUCCUGAUGCAUCCAUAUUUGGUUGCACUGUCGGCCAGAAACCAAGCCAGGCCCGGUUUUUCUUGGACGAUACGAAUGAUGUUCUUAACACACUCACAGCACUUGCAGAUGCCUCCGAGCAAUUCGUUUCUCCUGAGAAACUGAUCCACUCCUUUCUGAUCAGAUCUAGUUUGAUAAUUCACAAUGACACCAUGAAUGGCAGAUCAAAAUUUCCCCAUGGGACUCUAAUUCAAGGCAGCUCACUGUGUCUGAGAAACUUGUCGACAUUUCCUGAUUAUGUUCGGAACUUUAAAGGGGAAGAAACAUUUCGACCGCCUUUCUCCCAAAGGGAGUUAUGCCACUGCAUUGAUUGGGAUACCAGUUUAGUAAGAAGAAAUUUGUCACUCAUUUCAAGUUUUGAACCGAGUUUUACUUACAUUGCGACUUUGCGGGCAGUGAAAUUUCAUUCAAUCUUUUUCCAGUUAUAUAAAUAGUGCAGACUGUCAUUUAUCUCGUUGCUCUCCCAAAGGCGAGAACAUGGAAGCUGAAGGUCCCCGUGAGUUGGUACAGGUGAUAUUUAAUUAUUUAUGUGAUGUAAUAGAUUAUGCGGUGGAUUUUCAAUAUGUAAAAUACAUUGCGGAUACGAAUGGGCAUUGUAUUUGGUGAA